AAGUUAAAACUUCAAAAUCAAACCACACGCUGUUCUGUUUACAAUGGAUUUCGAAAACGUGUGUUAAAUACUAUUUGUUUCUAUAUAUCGUUAAAAAGAAUCGAAAGUCCAGUCAUAAUGGACUUUAUUGUUGAUACUGUUGGAGAUGAUGAUCUUCAGACGAAGACAGAACUCAUUGACGAAGCUAACAAACCUUAUUUUGUAGACAAAGAAGACCGAGACGCUGCAAUUUUAGAAUUAUUCAACAAAAAGAAACAAGAAUUAGACACAAAGGAAGCUGCAGAAUAUGAAGUUACCUCAAAGCUGAAAAGCUUAAAGAUUGACGGUUUAUUUGACGAGUUCUUCCAAGAUCUAGGAUGGUCACAGUCUAUAAUCAUCAAAAAGGAACAGAAAAAGAGGUUGUUCCACUUUGAACAGUUAGAUUUGGACACUGGCAAGUUGAAAUCCAACCUCGGUGGUGUAGACGUUGAGAAAGAGAUGAAAAGCAGUGUUUUGCAGCCUGGUAUUGAGAAGGAACAUAAGUUGCCAAGUUAUAAUGUAAGCAAGAAUAAACUGAAGGCUAUGAGAAGGAAAGAGCGAGAGAAGACCAAAGGCCCUGGCUGGUUCAACCUGCCUGCACCAGAGGUCACAGAGGAGCUGAAGAAUGACCUGCAAGUCCUGAAGAUGAGGUCCGCGCUAGACCCCAAGCAUUUCUACAAGAAGAAUGAUAUGGAAGUGUUGCCCAAGUACUUUCAGGUUGGUUGCAUCAUGGAUUCUCCAUUAGACCAUGUUAAUGAGAGAUUAACCAAAAAACAAAGAAAGAGGACCAUGGUUGACGAACUGCUAGCCGAUGCAGAGUUCCAGAAGUAUAAUAAGAAGAAAUACAAAGAAAUUGUUGAUGAGAAGAGAAGGACAGAGUAUAGAACAUUCAUGAGAGAUAAAAGACAGAAGAAUAAAGCUGAGUUGAAGAAGAAUAAGUUAAAAGCGAGGAAAGCUUAGUUAAUAAAUAGUUUAUAAAAUC